AUGAGAAGCCUCCAGAAAAGAGACGCCGACUCCUCAGGAGGGAUGAUAGUUCAUUCUCAACAGGUGAGCUUGAUACCAUGGAUGUGGAACAAAGUCCUACUUCCCUCUGUGAUGCCCAAACGCAGUGGUCCGAUCCGUGGUUGGAUGACCACACGUAUUCGAAAGGAACUACCAUCCCAUGUGGCUCAACACUCGCACCACCCCCUGAGUUACAUGCCAGCUGCAAGUUAUACAUUGACAAACGAUGCAGACUGCUUGUUGUACACAGGAAUUCCACUUAUUGAGUUCCACACUCUGGUAUCCUGCCUGCAAGGUUUUGCCCCUACUUCAUCUGCAAUGCCUGUUGCAGACCAAAUCCUGAUGACACUGAUGAAACUCAGACAGAACUUUGUCAUUGCUGACUUGGCAAAACGCUUUGGCAAGUCACAUGGUCAAGUCAGCAAAACAGUGAAAUUUUGGAUAGAUGCUUUGUUCAAGCAUACCAAGGAUCUUAUUCCAUGGCUGCCCCGUGAAACCAUCAAGGCCACUCUGCCACAGGCUUUUAACGAUCAUUUCCCAAACACUACUUGUAUAAUUGACUGCACAGAAACUGUUCUACAGAAGGCUAAAAAUCUAGAUUCGAGAAGUGAAUCGUACAGUCACUAUUAUGCCAGUAAUACUCUGAAGUAUCUGGUAGCAACUUCUCCAUCUGGAUUAGUCAUGUUUAUUUCAGAGGCUUAUGGUGGCAAAUGUAGCAACAGGUACAUUGCACAGAACUCAGGGUUUCUGGACUGCCUGAGACCCGGAGAUGAGGUGAUGGCGGACCGUGGAUUCACUAUCAGAGACUUAUUGGAGGAACGCAAGGUGAACUUAGUUAUGCCAGCAUUUACACGCAAACAGUGUCAGCUGACUAAUGAGGAAGUCACCCACACGCAACGCAUUGCUCAUGCCCGCAUUCACAUUCAACGGGCAAUAAGGCGGCUAAAGGUGUACAAGAUUCUCUCACAGACUUUGCCUAUUAACUUGGUCCCAGAGUUUGAUAAAAUACUACGAAUUUGCACUGCUCUUGUAAAUCUAAGAGGGGAGCUUAUAUCAAGCAAAUAGAUAAACACUUAACAUCACUUAAACUGCAUGUGUUUAUAGUUUAAUGUCAUUAACAAGAUGCAUGUUAUUAAUACAUGUUGUUUUUGUACACUGUGUAGACAGUAAAAAUAUUUACAGGAUUCUUUCAUGUAUUUCAUCCUCAUGUUUCCUAAAAAAAUAAACUGAUGAAACUUAUUUACACUGUAUUGGUAUGUUUCAUAUCCUGUGUACCACAUUCCUUACCCUCUACUUGUUCAAAAGCUGCAGGUAAUUCUUGCACACAUUUAUCUUCUUAUCAGCAAAAUCAUCAGCUAAUGCUGGCAGCAUGUGUAAAAAGUAAAAUUCCUGU